AUGGACGCGAUCGCUACCCUGAAGAGGAGCGCGACCGAGGCGAUUGGGAAGCACGAGCUUCCGCGUGCGCUGGUGCUGCUCAACGAGGCGCUCGACCUCGCGCCCGACGACCGCGCGCUCUGGACAAACCGCGCGUACGUGCAUGAGCUCAGAAAGGCGCCAGCCGACGCACUCAGCGACGCGCGGCGCGCGAUCGAGCUCGACCCCGGUUUCAGCAAGGCGCACCUGCGGCUCGGCCGCGCGCUGGUUGCGCUCGGUCGCACCGACGAGGCCUACAGCGCGCUCGCGUCCGCGGUCGAGCGCUGGCCGCAGGACUAUGCACUCGCUGAAGCGCUCUCUGCCGCCGGCGCGGCGUCAAGCGGCGGCGACAGCGGAGGCGGAGGCGGGAGCGCAGUUGCGGCCAGCGAGGCUGCGUUGCUCGAGGCGGCGCAGCAGGCGGACGCGCGCGCGAUGCGCUCGACCAGCGACGGCCUCGACUCGAGCUACUAUUAUGCCGCGGUGCCAGCGGCGCGGCAUACACUUCCAGUGCGUCCGCCCGAGCGGAUCGAGGCCUCGGCCGACGCCGAGCGAGCGAAGGAGCUGGCCGCGAGCGGCGCAGUCCGCGCGGACAUUGAGCGGAGGGGCGGCGACUCGUACUACUAUGCGCACGGGAGGGUGACAGACUACCACGUCCCGUCGGUGCCUCACCGCAUCGCCGCCGAUGGCAGCCUCUCGCCGUGGGACCCGUCGCAGCGCUGA